UGCUUCCCCGCCCAACCCGUCCAAAAGCUUCCCCAACAUUUCCCCUCCCACCGCGCCGAUGGAAUCCGACGCCGAGGAGGAGGCCGCGGCGACCCCAGCGCCGGCGCCGGCGCCGGCCGCGGGGCGGCUGAAGGGAAGCCCGGAGCUGACUGUGGAAGCGGACAUGCGGGAGAUGGCGAAGACGGCCGCGUGGAGCGUCAGCUCCUGCAAGGCCGGCAACGGCGUCGCGGCCCUCCGCGACGACAGCCUCGACACCUACUGGCAGUCGGACGGCGCGCAGCCUCACUUGGUUAACAUUCAGUUCCAGAAGAAGGUGCAGCUGCAGCUUGUUGUGCUCUACGUGGAUUUCAAGCUCGACGAGAGCUACACGCCGAGCAAGAUCUCCAUCAGGGCCGGGGAUGGCUUCCACAACCUCAAGGAAAUUAAAACUGUGGAGCUUGCAAAGCCAAUUGGAUGGGUCCAUAUAUCAUUAUCUGGGGCUGAUCCACGAGAAACAUUCAUUCAUACAUUUAUGCUCCAAAUUGCUGUUUUGUCCAAUCACCUAAACGGGCGGGACACUCAUAUCCGACAGAUCAAGAUCUAUGGGCCAAGACCGAAUCCUGUUCCCCUCCAACCAUUUCAUUUCAUUUCCAGGGAGUUCAUCACAUACUCCACCAUUAGAUGACAAUCAGCGAACCUAAUUGUGUGUAGUCCUCCAUGCUGGAGUUGUCUGCUGAAGAUUGGAGAGUGUUUAUACGGUUCAGAGUUAAAGGUUUCCUAGCGUGAGCUUUGAUCCGUGCACAGGUUCAACACUGAAAGCACCUGUCAAAGCCUAAGCCUGAGUUGCCCCUGAAUACCUGGACUGGAGAAUUCACACUCCGUACGAGUUAACAAUCUGUUAUCCAUGUAAUGUGACGUUAUUCACCUCCAUGGGCAUGGGAGCUGCUCCGGGAGAUUAUCGUCCUGGAAACUCUCUUGCACUUUAUUUUUAACAAUUUCUGACACCUGUGAUUCAUUUGAUAUAGACUAUUCAUGACGAUUUUUAAGAAAAUUUUAUUGUGGUUAUUUGAGAAGCAGCUA